GAAGAGAUUUAUUUUGACAUUUACUAAAGUGUCAAAAUAUGUCAAAAUGUUGGCAAAUUUUUGAAAUUGAUUUUCUUUGGCUUUUUGAUUAAUAACACGUCACUUUUUAAUAUAUAACAAAGUAGAUAAUAGGCAUAUAUUGAGUUUAUUUGAAUAAAUUAGUGGGUGUAUCAUACCUUUAUAUUUCUUCGUAAUGAAACAGAGUAUAAUUAAAUUUUUGCAUGUUUACUUAUUUCUUCAACUUUUUGGAAAGCUUACCGUAAAUGCCAGACAACAAUUUGUAACAUGUGGAUCGGUAACCAAGUUAAUGAAUACAGACUAUCGGGUAAGAUUACAUUCACAUGACGUUAAAUAUGGGACUGGAAGUGGACAACAAUCUGUAACUGCUACAGAAGUACAAGAAGAUAUUAACAGUCAUUGGCUCAUUAAAGGAGCUGCAGGAAAAGUGUGUCUUCGAGGGGAUCCAAUUGCAUGUGGAUCAAUUAUUAGGCUGGAACAUGUAGAAACUAAGAAAAAUUUACAUUCUCACUUAUUUUCAAGCCCUUUAAGUGGUAAUCAAGAAAUAAGUGCGUACGGUGAUGAAAAGGGCGAAGGAGAUUCUGGAGAUAAUUGGACAGUUAUUUGUACAGGUGAUUCUUGGAGACGAGAUGAUAGUAUUAUGUUGAGGCAUGUAGAUACACAGAUGUACUUGGCUAUAUCUGGAAGAACAUUUGGCAGACCUAUAAAUGGUCAGAUGGAAGUAGUGGGAAUAAAAAGCUCCACGGGUGCAGUGCAUUGGCAGUCUAUGGAAGGCGUAUUCCUUCAUGCACCAGAUGUCAAGCAACAUGCUCAUGUGCAUACCGAGUUAUGAAAUAGUUAGUAGUUAAUUUAUAUUGAAAAAUAAACUCUUAUAGAGCAAUGAA